CUGUCUCAUGUCUGGGUCACAAUCCAGCUCCAUCAUGGACCAGAACACAACCAAUUCAACUCAAGGACCUUGUGGCUUGUCUGAAAUGCCAGCUCGUACAUUCUUUAUAUCUGUAUACUCUCUGGUUUUUCUGGCAAGCCUGGCACUCAACAGCAUUGCAAUAUAUGUGUAUUUUUGUAAACCUACAAGCCAGUCCAGCAUCACAGUCUAUCUCAAGAAUCUGGUUAUAGCAGACUUGUUUGUCUGCCUGUGUUUGAUAUUACGCAUUGCCAAAUACGCAAGCACUUCAGUGGAAAUACAGCGGAUCUACUGUAUCUUUGGUGCUCCAGCUUCCUACCUCAACAUGUACUCCAGUAUUCUCUUCAUGGGCUACAUUGCUGCAAACAGGUACAUGAGGAUUGUUCGGCCACUGGAGACUCACAUGCUGCAAACAGUCCGCUCGACCCGCUACAUCUGCAUAGUGACCUGGGCUUUCCUGUUGUGCUUUAUUUGUGUCUAUAUUGCUGUUUUUUUCAGUUCUGAUAAAGAAAACACUCCCAACAGUGGUUUUAGCUGUAAAAGUUUUCAUAACAGCUUGCUCAAACAGAUCUACAUGACCAUGCAUAUCCUUUCCUUUUUAGUAUUUUUGUCUGUGCUGGUAUCCCUGAUUCUGUUUUAUUGGGGGAACGUACAGAGGCUUCGACAAGCUCAGCGCACAAUGCCGGAAAAGCCUAGGGACGCAAAGCUCAGCAAGUCAAAACGCAACAUGCGAGUACUGGUGGCGGUUUUCUGCGUGUGCUUUGUGCCCUAUCAUAUGGUGAGACUGCCGCACGUGUUUAUCAGUCCCCUUCUGCAUGACUGUACAGCAGCUCAGGCCUUCUACAUCAUAAAGGAGCUGACCGUCCUGCUUGCAGUGCUAAAUGCCUCCCUGGAUCCACUUAUUUACUUUUUCUUUUGCAAGACCUUCAGGGCCCGGCUUAACCUUCAAAGAUUUCAACAAAGAAACCAGUAAGUUGAGUUAAAGGUGUAAUGUGUGAUUUCUGCACCAGUAGCGGCACGAAACGAAACUGCAAAAAUUCACAUCCAGCCAACAUUUCAUGAUGGGGCCAAUGUAGCCAAGAUAUGGUCGUGAAAUAUGGGCCCUACAUGGGUUUGUCAUGGGUCCCAUGUCACCCCUAUCUGAGUUAACCCCAGUAUGGGCCCCAAAUGGGUUUGUCCAUGGGUCCCAUGUCACCCCUAUCUGAGUUAACCCCAGUAUGGGCCCCAAAUGGGUUUGUCCAUGGGUCCCAUGUCACCCCUAUCUGAGUUAACCCCAGUAUGGGCCCCAAAUGGGUUUGUCCAUGGGUCCCAUGUAAUCCCUAUCUGAGUUAACCCUAGUAUGCCUAUAGUACAUUGGCCUCACCAUGAAAUGUUGGCUGGGAACAGGUUCACGUCCCCUAUAUUUGAUUUCAUUGCUUUACUGACAGCAGCACUUGAGCUGCAUGAACUCCACAAGUUUGUGUAAAACCUGAUGAUCAUGUUCUCCAGCAUCAUUUGAGAAUGUUCACAUCUUGUGCUUCAAUGGAAGCAAGAACAUCUGACGACUGUACAAAGGAGUUAACUUGAUCAAUUUAUUUGUUUAAUUAGUGAUGUAGCAGUAGUGCAGAAAUAUUUAUUUUAAUUUUAAGACUUUUCUUUGUUUUAAUAUAAAUAUAUAUUAAUAUAAAAUCUUAAAUAUAUAUUGAAUAUACAAUUCUAACAUGAUGUCCAUCCAAGGAAAAUUGACAUCUUCUCCCUUUAUUUAAAUAUUCUUAAAAAUGUGCUUGG